GCCCGAUUAUCCUAAAUAUGUCGGGUUUCAGGUUUACCGAUCAGGUUCGGAUUCGAUUGAUGAUUGCCAAACAAACCAAUUUGGUUCGGUUGUCUCAAGGUGCCCCUGUGUAGCAAGUUCAGACCUUGUUCGUGGGUUCCUCUGUAUCUCAUCUUGCAACGCAACCAUGUGGAGAAGACGAGUCUUCCCAUUACUCCGACACUUCUCAACCGAACCAGAAACCCCAUCUCCCCCUUCUCUAUACUCCUUCCUCCAACCCUCAAUCUUUUCCAUAAGAAAACCCCAAUCAAAACAACCCCCAAAUCCCCAAAUCCAAACCCCAAAACACACCCUCUCAAACACCCAACAACUCCCAAAUCUCGAAUCCACUCUCCAACAAUCCCUCAACAAAAACAACACAGAUGAAGCAUGGAAAUGCUUCAAAUCCAUUUCAUCCUCAUCAAUGUUACCAAGUAAGCUUUUAAUCAACUCAUUGAUCACUCAUUUAUGUUCAGUAAAUAAAGACACCCACAAUCUCAAAAGGGCUUUUGCCACUUUAAUGUUUGUGUUAGAGAAAAACCCUGAAAUGUUAGAUCAUAAGACGGUUGAAAUGUUCUUGAAUUCAAUGAAGGUUGCAACAAAUGGUGCGCCUGCUUUUGCUUUGGUUAAGUGUAUGUUCAAGAACAGGUUUUUUGUUCCUUUUGGGAUGUGGGGUGAGGUUCUUGUGGAGAUUAGUAGGAAAACAGGGAGGUUUUGUGAUUUUUUUGAGGUUUUUAAUGAGAGUUGUCGGGUUGCGAAGGAGGAAAAGUUGGAGUUGUUGCGGCCGGAUUUGGCGGCGUGUAAUGCGGCGUUGGAGGGUUGUUGUUGUGAACUUGAAUCGGUUACGGAUGCGCAGAAGGUGCUUGAGACGAUGUCUUUGUUGGGUGUUCGCCCUGACGAGACGAGUUUCGGUUGGCUUGCGUAUUUGUAUGCGAUUAAAGGACUCGAAAAGAAGAUAACGGAAUUAGAAGAUUUGGUGAGUAGGUUCGGUUUUUCUGAUAAAAGUUUGUUCGUUAGUAAAAUGGUUAGCGGGUAUGUGAAAUCAGGUAAUCUUGAAUCGGUUUCAACUACCAUAUUGCAAAAUCUAAGAGCGGUAAAUGGUAACGGUUUAAAUUUGCAUGAAGAAACGUACGGUGAGAUAGUGAAAGGGUAUCUCGAGCAUGGAAGCGUUAAAGGUUUAGCAAGUUUGAUACUUGAAGCUCAAAAGUUAGAAUCUAAAACGGUAAAAGUUGAAACGUCUGUUGGUUACGGUAUUAUAAACGCGUGUGUGAAUCUUGGGUUAUUAGAAAAGGCGCAUAGUGUUCUUGACGAAAUGAAUGCUCAAGGCGGCUCUGUUGGGCUUGGAGUUUACGUGUCAAUAUUAAAGGCUUACGGUAAAGAACAAAGAACAGCGGAAGCUGCACAAUUGGUAUCCGAAGUGUGCGGUUUAGGGCUAGAUCUUGACGUUAGCACCUUUGAUGCUCUAAUAGACGUUUCUAUGUCAAGCCAAGAUUUUCAGUCGGCAUUAUCUCUUUUUCGAGACAUGAGAGAAGCGAGAAUACCCGAACUAAUGGGGAGUUAUUUAACAAUAAUGACGGGUUUGACCGAAAACCAUCGACCCGAACUUAUGGCGGCUUUUUUAGACGAAGUAGUCGAAGACCCGAGAGUGAAAAUCGGGACCCACGAUUGGAAUUCGAUUAUUCAUGCGUUUUGUAAAGCGGGUCGGUUAGAAGACGCUAGGCGGACGUUUAGAAGAAUGGUUUUUCUUCAGUUUGAACCGACUGAGCAAACGUAUCUUUCUUUAGUUAACGGGUACAUGACCGCAGGGAAUUACUUUAGCGUUUUGAUGAUGUGGAAUGACGUUAAGAAAAGGUUGAGGUUUGACGGUGAAAAGAGUUUUAAACUGGAUCAUGGUUUGGUCGAUGCUUUUCUUUACGCGUUAGUGAAAGGCGGUUUCUUUGAUGCAGUUAUGCAAGUUGUGGAGAAAUCUCAAGAGAUGAAGAUAUUUGUAGAUAAAUGGAGGUAUAAACAAGUGUUUAUGGAGAAUCAUAAGAAGCUUAAAGUUGCAAAAUUGAGAAAGAGAAGCAUUAAGAAAAUGGAAGCUCUUAUCGCUUUCAAAAAUUGGGCCGGUUUAAACAGUUGACGUGUAACCUUAAAAGGGAUGGCGGCGCAGUUUGUUGCUCGUCUACCUGCUAUACUUAUGUAAUUUGCCCUGGUGAUUGGAAUGAAAUUGCUAAUAAAAAAAAACCUUAAAAGUUGUCGCUUCAUGACAAACAACGAUGGAUGGAAGUCGAGAUAGAUGUAUAAAUAAACACUUAUAACAUCAGUUUAGAGGUCAAAUGGAAGGUGUUAAAAGUGGUCGGGUCGGUUCGACCCUUAAGCACCAUUUUGUUAUACUUUGAUUAGGCAAAAUAGUUUUGUGUUAAAUUUGAUUAAAAGUUUUGUAAUAAUGUUUUAUGUAUUUUAAUAAUAUGUGUCAAGUUGUUUCACC